CCCCCAAAGACAGGUCAUAAUAGGAAGCUGUUACCUCAGUUGGCCUGAAGGGGAAAGGGAAGGAGAAGUUACCAGAACUCAGGGAGGGUUGUGGCUGUGGCUGUGGCUGUGGCUGUCACUGUGGUGGUAGGAAAGGGCCACCAGACAGGGAUUCUGUCCUCAGGUAGAGUGACACCACCACUGCCAAACCACAGCCUGGCAGGGAGAGCGCCAGAAAGUUUGACACCCCAAAUCCCCCUCCUCUAGCCCUCCAGUCUCCUGUCAGGGUCUCCCUUCCCUGAAAGCGACCAGGAGCCCCAGGGAAGGGAGCCCAUUGGUGAGGCACAGAGACGUGCCCUCCCAGGACGCAGAGGAGGGUGGAGAAGGUGGAAAGGAGAUUUGAUGGCAAAUGGAGAGAACCGGGCUCUUCUCACAGCCUCAUCACAGUCAGUCUCCCCGGGACUGUCCCUCAGUGAGCUUGCCAGUUUCUCAUUGUAUCUCCUCAGUUUGUUUCUUGACCGACUGUCUGUCCACACCUCUCUAUCCGGGUUCACUUCUUUGGAAUAAUCUCUUACUAUCAUCAUAAAUGCAGUGAGAAAGGAAUGUAGCUUUUUUUUAAAAGGUGGGUGUACACGGGUAUUUAUAGAUAUUUUAAGUUUAUGAUUUUGGCUGCUCUAAAAAGAAACCCAUUGUAAGAUUGAUUGUGUCACUCGCACAGAGUUAGGCCCUGGGACACAGCAGUGGACAGGAGAAAAGCACGUCCUGUCCUCAUGAAGCUGACACCCUGGCCCAUCUCUAGCCCAAGACGUCUGGCCAUACUCACUCCUGUCAUAGCAAGGGGUCACCUUCCCCUCAUGACCCAAGUCAUGAUCUCCUCUCUCCCUGGCGGAUGGACCGCUCUCAGUCUCUGAGCCUGCCCCUAGCUCGUGCCUGGGGCUUCUGACUUCCUGCCCCUGAGAAGAACCCACUGCCCCAGGGCAGAAGCCAUGCCGGACUCAGAGGCCUGUUGUCAUCCACACCGCCUGUCCACACUUAGCUCCUCCUGCCUCCAGGAGAGGUGACAUGGCCUAGGACAGUGAGUGGGGAUGUUUGGACCCUAGAAUGUUCUCAUGUCAGUAGAGGGCCCGUGGUGCAGCAGAGAGAGCCCAGGCUUUUAGAGUCAGAGGGAACUGGGUUUGAAUCCAAGGUCCAGGUCUCCAAGGCUGUGUGGCCUUCAGUAAGGACCUUAAUGUCUGCAAGCCUCCAUUUCCGUCCUGCAACAUGGCGGCAGCAAUUCCCACAUCGCAGGGUGGCCGUGAGAGUCAGUGAUCAUACAGCAGGUGCUCACGUCUUGUUUCUGUUCCCAGCGUCACCAGUGGAGGGUUUCUGGGUGCAGAUCCAACCACCUCAGCCUGGGGGACAGAAUUCACACCAGUGAAUGGAAGUUACCAGGCCCCACCUCAAACUGUUGACAUGGUGGCGGUGAUCCAGGCCGCGCUGGUCUUCAUCACCCUGGUCGGGCUGCCUGGAAACGCAGCCAUGCUCUGGAUCCUGGGCUUCCGCAUGCGGAGGAACCCCUUCACUGUCUACAUCCUCAACCUGGCUGGAGCAGACUUCCUCUUCCUCUCCUUACAGAUUGUGUAUUCCCUGGUGAAUCUCGGCAGCGUCCUCCACUCCGUCUCCAUGUCCAUCUCCAACGUUUUGACCACUGUGUGGACCUUUGCCUACAUCGCAGGCCUGAGUAUUCUCAGCACCGUUAGCACCGAGCGCUGCCUGUCCAUCCUGUGCCCCAUCUGGUACCGCUGCCGUCGCCCCAGAUACUCAUCAGCUGUCAUAUGUGCCCUGCUCUGGGCCCUGUCCCUGGUGCUGAGCGUCCUGGAGGGAAAGUACUGUGGCUUCCUGUCUAGGGAUCCUCACUACCAUUGGUGUCGGGUACUUGAUUUGAUCACUGCCACGUGGCUCAUUUUCUUAUGUGUGCUUCUCUCUGGGUCCAGCCUCACCCUACUGACCAGGUUACUGUGUGGCUCCCAGCGAGUGCCCCUGACCAGGCUGUAUGUGACCAUCGUGCUCACGGUGCUGGUCUUCCUGCUCUGCGGCCUGCCCUUCGGCAUGUACUGGUUCCUCUUAAUCUGGGUUUACCAUGGUGUUGAUGUGUUCCCCUUUCUUCAUCUGUUUACAACUGUCCUGUCCUGGGUCAACAGCAGUGCCAACCCCAUCAUUUACUUCUUCGUUGGCUCCUUUAGGCGGAGGCAGCGGGGGCGGACCCUGAAGCUGGUUCUCCAGAGGGCUCUGCAGGACUCUCCCGAGGCGGAGGGAAGCGAGGGCAGCCUUCCUCCGGAAACCCUGGAGAUGUCCAGAAGCAGUCUGGUGUCCCGAUGAUGUGGGCCCUGAUACCAGCUCCCUUACAUUCAACCCAGCAUCUAUGGGGUUAAAACCCAAAGCGCCCAUCCCCUUCCUCUGCUUCUCUAAGUUACAGUCAUAUGUAAAUGUCAGUUUUUAAACCUUUAUAUCCCUGAACUUCACAGACAAAUAGAACUUACAAAUUGUUAGAGUCCAGGUAGCCUCAUGCUAACAUUUUGGCUAGUUACAGGUCCUUUGAAGUUUUGCUACAGGGAAACUGAUGCCCAAAGAGUAUCAAGAAACUGAAGCUUCCCAGACCUCAACCCCUCAGCUUCCUGGCACCAGAAUCUGCCAUCCACCAUGGAGGCAGAUGGCCAAGGACAUCCACCUGCAGAUUCCCUCAUCAUGCCAUUCCCCUCCCUGUAAGCAGCCUCACAAAGCCAAACGCAGGCUGGUGGGAAAGUGGGACCUGCAAGGCCACCUGCUCCCCCUCCCCCACCUAAGGCCUCAAAUAAAAACCCCUGCCUUUUUUCCUCUGAAGAGGUGGAUCUGAGUUCUAACCAACUCCCAUCUCCUCGUCUGGCUGCCUUUCGAUAAAACUCUUUCCUUACCUCAAGCCUGGCAUUCCCAUUUUUAUUUUGGUCUCUCUCUCGUGUGGUGGGUUAGAGAGGCUGUGUUUGUGGCCGGUAACACUGACUCAGUCUCCGCUUUGGUCAGACUGAUGUGGCUUUCAAGGCCAACUUUGUCCCUAUCAGUUUGGGAGGUUUUACUAACUUCUGUCAGCCUCUGGGCUCCUGAUCUUAAACGGCGAGGAUAAGAAUCCUCCUCGUGAGGAUUAAGGGAGACAGCGUAGCCUCUCCAGGCCGCCUUACCCAGGACCUUCCCCCAUCCCCACGGGAGCUUUGCCAACCCUGGGGUCCCAGACUGCUCCCACUUUUGAAGAACUCCACUUUCUGCAGAGGCUGAAAGCAGUGCAGGAAAAGUUUAGAUGCCUUCACUCACUGCGCCUGAUAAGGACUACAAGAACAUUACAUUUUUGAUGAGUUUUUGUGGCCACUUUCCUACAAUCUGUCUCAAUAAAAUUAAAAGAAUUAAAGUUCCAUCUGACCCCAAAGAUCAGUCUUCCCUGAUUUUGGCAGGCCUUAGAGGAUCUCCCUAGCUUCAUAAAUGUUUAUGGAAUAAGUGACCUAAUGAAUGAAUAAAUGGUGAACUUUGAAGUCAAGUCUGUGCCAAAUCUCCAUUUACCAGAUUUGGGUCACCAUCUCUAAGUUUCUUUCUUUCACCAUUUUCAACUGUUUUUUUUUUUUAAAGAUUUUAUUUUUUCCUUUU